AUGCAUCGCACCUACUCCAUGCGCCAGUCGCGCGCUCCGACCGCAUCGCAGGUCGAGAGCCCCCCACCACCAUUGUCCACAACCAAGACCGGCAGAUGGCUAGGGAAAGGCGGAAUCGGCCAUGCUUUCCGCAAGAAUGCCGCCGGUGCCUUCGGACCCGAUCUCGCCAAGAAGCUGUCGCAACUCGUCAAGAUGGAGAAGAACGCCAUGCGCAGCAUGGAACUCGUCGCUCGGGAGCGCAUGGAAGUCGCUCAACAACUCUCCAUCUGGGGUGAAGCAUGCGAUGAGGAUGUCUCGGAUGUGACGGACAAGCUCGGCGUGCUGAUCUACGAGAUCGGUGAGCUGGAGGAUAUGUUCGUUGACCGCUACGACCAGUACCGUGUCACCAUUAAGAGCAUCCGCAACAUCGAGGCUUCCGUACAGCCCAGCCGAGACCGCAAGCAGAAGAUCACCGAUGAGAUCGCCAAGCUGAAGUACAAGGACCCCAACUCUCCUCGCAUCGUCGUCCUGGAGCAGGAGCUCGUCCGCGCCGAAGCCGAGUCCCUAGUCGCCGAGGCCCAGCUGUCCAACAUCACCCGCGAGAAGGUCAAGGCCGCCUUCCAGUACCAGUUCGAUGCUCUCCGCGAGCACUGCGAGAAGGUCGCCAUCGUCGCCGGAUACGGAAAGCACCUCCUCGACCUGAUCGACGACACCCCCGUCACUCCCGGCGAGACCCGCCACGCCUACGACGGCUACGAUGCCUCCAAGGCCAUCAUCCAGGACUGCGAGGAUGCCCUCACUAACUGGGUCUCCUCCAAGGCCGUCGUCAAGUCUGGUCUCUCCCAGCGCUCCCGCACCCUCUCCCAGCGCCACCGCUCUAACCUCAACAAGAACCGUGAGGGUGUCGAUUUGUCUUCACAGGACCAGCCCUUGGCUGGGGACCGUGACUCUUGGCUCCCGGCCGACCAGCACCCUAACUACGAGGACGGUGAUGAUGGCAUCAGCACCAUUGAGGGCGAGCUGCGUGGUCGCGAAGAGGAACGUGAUCCCAUUGCCGUAUAA